CAGAGAAUCCUCACAGGAUGGACGGCAGCGAGACUUACAUGAACGUGAAGUUCACAAGCACGUACCCAGGGUCACCUUCUCGAGACGGUCUGACCUCCACCUACUCACAGCUGAACAUUGGGAAAGGCGAACCAAUCAUCGAUGAGGAUGAGGAUCCUCCCGUAGCCUCGGGACCCGGCGAUCUGCCAGUCACUGCACAGACAGACGGUUUCAGCGCCACCUACUCAGUGCUGAGUCUUCGGAAAGAAGAACGUCUCAUCGAUGAGAAUGAAUAUCCUCCCAUCGCCUCGGGACCCACCGAAAUAACAGUGACUACACACGCAGACGGGCUGAACUCCACCUACUCAUUUCUGAAACUUCCGGAAGACGAAUAUCUCGUGGAAGAGUAUGAAGAUCCUCCCAUUGCCUCGGGACCCGCCGGAAUGUCAGUGACUGCACAGGCAGGUCCGCAUAAACAUCAGCCGAAGGAGAACAUCGGAAAUAGACCGGAUCGUAAGAUCUGCCUGCUCUGCCUAGUUACGUUCGUUCUCUUCGUGACAGUGGUCGGGCUGUCGAUCCAUGUGUCACAGAUUCGUCAGUCUGAGAUCACAUCCGACAGAAAUUACCAGGAGUUAAACUCAACCCUUCAAUCCAAGAUAUCCGAGAAUUCCCACCUGAAUUUCUCCCGGAGAACCUGUCUGAAAAAUCUCUCUGCGCUCAACUCUAAUCUAUCCGAUCUUAAACGAAUGCACAGCUAUCUCCGUCACCAGUUCACUGAGAUGGAAACGAAGUACAGAUCUGUCAACGAAACCAAGGCUCAAAUCUGUGAAUUGUUGACCAGCAGAAAAGUUGAGGCAUCAUCCCCUCUUUAA